CGUCACUUCCCAGUCCAAACUACAACAGUGGACAGUAGCCCCUCAGUCAUUCCAAGUUAGUAAUGGCUGCUGACUCGGAGCCAAGCAGCGUUUCGUUGCCAGUCUUUGGAAUAUUGAUAGCUGUAGUAUCCAGUUUCAUCAAUGGGUCGACAUUUGUGCUGCAAAAAAAGGGAAUUUUACGCUCUCGCGACAGAGGAGGGUCGUACCUUACAGAUGUGGUGUGGUGGGGUGGCACACUGUGCAUGAUUGUUGGUCAAAUUGGAAAUUUCCUGGCGUACAAUGUGGCCCCGGCUGUGAUAGUUACACCACUGGGAGCCCUUGGAGUGUUAUUUGGGGCUGUGCUGGCUUCUUGGAUCUUGAAGGAGCAUUUAAACAUCCUGGGGAAGCUUGGCUGUGUGUUGUGCUGCUGUGGCUCCGUUGUGCUUAUCAUUCAUGCCCCUAAAGCAGAAACUGUAACAUCAAGACUGGAGUUAGAGGAGAGGCUGUCAGACCCAGUGUUUGUACUGUACGCCCUCUCUGUGGUCCUGCUGCUUGUCAUAUUAAUCGUGUGGGUUGCUCCAGCUCACGGCACAUCAAACAUCAUGGUGUACGUCGCCAUUUGUUCCCUCUUGGGAAGCUUCACUGUUCCAAGCAGCAAAGGACUCGGCCUGGCUGCACAAGACGCCUUUGGAGAGGGGCCAUCGAGCAGCAGAGCUCUGGCUCUCUUCGUGUGCCUGUUGGGGACGCUGGCCGUCAGCAUCCUUAUACAGUUCUUCUUCAUCAACAAGGCCUUGGAGUGUUUCAACUCUAACAUGUUUGAAGCCAUAUACUAUGUGACGUUCACAUCCACCGUGAUUGUUGCCUCUGCACUUCUCUUCAAGGAGUGGACCGCACUAACUGUAACGGACAGCCUUGCUAUGCUUUGUGGUCUGACGACAAUGUGUGUCGGGGUCGUUUUACUCCGCAUUUCCCAAGAGGCUUUGAUUACUUGGAAGAAGAAGACAGACUGAUUGAGCUGCCUUUACAAUUACAUGACCUUGGUGCCAUACAGCAUUUCUUAUAACAGUGUCUGUACUUGAUUUGAGUUUUCUGUGAGUUGAAAAGACCAAACAGUGUAUUUAUAACAACUUUCACUUAACAUUGUACUUGAAUCUUCUUGCAGUUUCUUAUGGAACAGUUCUCAGUUACUGUGUAACAACCAAAGUAAAACACUUUUUUUUCCUUUAUUUAAUGUCAUUGAGGGUGCUUUCACACCCAACCUGUUUGCUUUGGUUAAAACAAACUCAGGUCUGUUUGCGUGGUUAGUACAGUUAGUUUGGGCUGGUGUGAAAGCUGUCAAUCAAACCUUGGUGGGGACCAAACAAACGUACCGAGACCGCUCACAAAGGUGGGUCUCGGUACCCUUCCAAACAGACUUUGGUAUGGUUUGUCUAACAGCUAAACCAAUAAUGAAUCCCCCUGCUGAUCGUCAAAUCUGUCCGCAAGCUCAUAACUGAUCCUAAUAAAGGCCACGUAUAUCCCAUAACCUAUUUAUGCUAAUGCAUAGAUGUAACCAUGGUAACACGUGCACAUCAGUGACAGUAUUUUCCCUGAUUAAAAAGCUGUUAAAACU